AUGGCUACCGUCACGGGAACGAGCACGGCGUAUUCCACAGACAUGGACUCGGCCUCAGGGAGCAACAUCAUCCACCGACGAGCAAAAAGUCCCAAUGGAACAGUAAAUGAAGCUGGGAAGAAGUCCAUUAAUCGAAGGACCCAACGAUAUAAGCAUGUCUUCCCGGUUCAUGCGUCGAGUAGGACCUCGUGCUUAAGCCCGGGCGCGGAGAACCCGCCGAACUUUUUCGGGUUCCGGAACCUGAUGGUUCUAAUGCUCAUUGUCUCCAAUCUCCGUCUUAUCCUCGAAAACUUCCGGAAGUACGGCGUCCUCGUUUGUUUAACCUGCAGCGAAUACCGGCGGCAAGACAUCUCCUAUGGCCUCAUCCUCUGGCUCUCCGUCCCAAUCCACCUGUUCAUCGCCCUCCUAAUCGAGCUGGUCGCAGCGCAGAACGCGCUUGGGGUUCUCAAGCGAAAAUCAAACGGCAAUGGGGGAACCAAACAAGCGGAACAAAUCCGUCGCCGCUUCCGAUGGACCUGGUACUAUAUCGCCUGGGCACACGGGAUCAACGCAACCCUGAACCUCGUCGUCACAUCCACCAUCGUCUACUACCGCAUCCACUCCCCGGGUAUCGGCAUGCUCUGCGAACUGCAUGCCAUCAUCGUCUGGCUGAAGGCCUGUUCCUACGCCUUCACCAACCGCGACCUCCGCCACGCCAUGCUCACUACCGCCCCGCCAGACUCCAUCCCUGAGCUCUACCGCGACUCCACCUAUCCGAAUAAUAUCACGCUGCAGAACCUGACAUAUUUCUGGUGGGCGCCCACCCUCGUAUACCAGCCCGUGUAUCCCCGCACGACGCACAUCCGCUGGCUCUUCGUCGCGAAGCGGGUCGCCGAGGCACUCGGGCUGGUCAUCGUGAUCUGGUUCGCGUCCGCGCAGUACGCGGCGCCGCUGCUCAAGAACUCACUGGAGAAAGUGUUCACGCUCGACAUCAUCUCGAUCUUCGAGCGGGUCAUGAAGCUGUCGACCAUCUCGCUGUUCUGCUGGCUCGCGGGGUUCUACGCAGGGUUUCAGUCGGCGCUAAACGCGCUGGCGGAGGUGAUGCGGUUUGGGGAUCGGGAGUUCUACUCGGAUUGGUGGAAUGUGACGAGUAUCCGUACGUAUUGGACGAGUUGGAAUAAGCCAGUGUAUCAAUUCAUGAAGAGACAUAUCUACUCGCCUUUGGUGGGGCGGGGAGUACCACCGUCCGUCGCCCAGUUGCUGGUGUUUAUCUUUUCAGGGAUUUUACAUGAGCUACUGGUGGGGAUUCCAACGCACAACAUCAUCGACAAUCCUACAGGAGUGGCGUUCUUUGGAAUGAUGGGGCAGAUUCCGCUGAUCCUCCUCACCGACCCUCUGCAGAAGAUGGAAGGUCGGGCCCCCAAGGUGGCAGGAAACGUGAUCUUUUGGAUAUCGUUCUGUUUGAUCGGGCAGCCGCUUGCUGCCAUCCUUUAUUUCAGCGCAUGGCAGGCAAAGUACGGCGGCCAAGCGAAACUUCUUUGA